AUGGCAUCUUAUGAAGCCUUAUAUGGACGACCCUGUCGCUCGCCUGUUUGCUGGACUGAUGUUGGAGAACCUGGAUUGGUUGGACCAAAUUUGGUUAGAAGCACGACUGAAAAGAUCAAAGUGAUACGACAAAAGCUGAUUACUACUCAGAGCCGACAAAAAAGCUAUGCGAACAAGAGGAACAGACCCCUAUCUUUUCAAAUAGGGACGGUAGCUUAUCGUUUGGCGUUACCACCACAGCUGGAUCGAGUUCACAAUGUGUUUCAUGUCUCCAUGUUACGCAAGUACAUAGCUCAUCCCACUCAUGUUAUCAAUUGGGAAGACGUCACUCUAAAUGACGACACAACAUUCGAGGAACAACCAGUAGAGAUUCAAGAUCACAGCGAGAAGAACAUUCGAGGAAAAACGAUCAAAUUGGUGCGAGUUUUAUGGAGGCAUCAAGGAAAUGAGGAAUCUACCUGGGAACGAGAGAAUGCAGUUCGAAAGAAUUACCCUCACCUAUUUCCAUCAUAG